AACCUGACAGGACUAAGAAACACACGACAAUGGCGGCUACGCCUGGAAUAGUGCUGUUGUAACCUCCAUGUGUAUGCGAGCCGCUGUAAUUCGCUGGUAGUAAGGUUCUAACCCAGAAGCUGCACAAGGACGAUUUGUAAGUGGCAAUCUGUGCUUUAGUUUGAAUUUCACCGGUGUAGGAAACGGUUGAAUUGUGGUUAAAGAUUCGCAACGAAUAUUGAGUUAAUGCAUUUUUCGAAGUAAUCCCGAUCAGGUGGUUGAUGCGGUUAUUGUUGCUCUGAUUAAUAGUGAGACAAUAUUUCAAUAAAAGUGUUGAAAACUGAGUGUUAGUUGGGGUGGGAGUUGGGAAGUGUUAUUGUUAUGACGUGGUUGGUUAUGGACUGAUGUGAUGGUUUUCAGAAAAGGACGAUGUACUUAGGAUUAUGCAGCUUGAGCUCUCAACGUCAGUGAAAUUGUUGAGAUGUUCGCGGAUACUGGCAGUUAAGCAAAGAAUGAACAGGAAGUCGAUGCAUUAAGCUUUUUCCCAGAGAUAUGCUAUCCUUUGUAUAUCUGCCGGUAUUUAUUAUUUUGGUAUAUGUUUCGGGUUCAACCAUAAACGAAAUUGAGACUUCAUUGUCGUCAAUAAUUCAAGGCACUGAAAGGACAUUUAUCAGGAAUUCAAGCAGAAAAGGAACAACAGCAACAGCACUGUCACCGACGCCAACAACUAACUUAGUAUCGUCAUCAUCACCGUCACCGACGUCAUUGUAUCCCCACAGGGCGGUUACAGGAAGAUCUAUGGCUAUCACGGCGCUUCCUGGAAGCAUAUCAACAUCAGUAGCAACACCAAUAACAGGAAUAAUCAGCGCUUCAUCAAUAGCUUGGGCAUCGAUGUCACAUGCAGGAAUGCCAAUCCCUUCGCUGUCGCCAACUCAACCGUCCAGCACCCCUCCAGCGACACAGCGGCCAACAAUUCCACGCGUGAUAACGUUCAAAGUCUUGCCAACAAUUGACGCCAGAGAAGACUAUGCAAGGACAACAACAGAAUCCCCGAUGUCAGGUGCGCCCGGGGAGGCUUAUCUGAAUGUUACCAGCCAGUCGGGGACACAUGCUUACUUGCCUUGUAAUGUGAAGCAGCUAGUGAAGAAGCCGGUAUCAUGGAUUCGAGUACGAGAUGGUCACAUAUUGACAGUGGACCAGACGACAUUCAUAGCUGAUCAACGUUUUCAAUCUAUAGUAUCCUCCAGCUCGGAGAAGUGGUCCCUGCAAAUUAAAUAUGUACAAUUACGUGACGCAGGCUGGUAUGAAUGUCAAGUGUCAACUGAACCGAAAACUAGUGCACGGGUGCGCUUACAUGUUGUUGAACCGAGAACAGUGGCCUUCGGUGAAGCAAAUCGACAUGUUAAAGCUGGCAGUCAAGUUACAUUACGAUGUAUCGUUAAAGGAGCACUAGAGCCACCGCUUUUCUUCAAUUGGUACUUCGAUAGGAAGCAAAUAUUCUUCCAUAAUCUGAAUCCGAACCAGAAGCAGAACCCAAAUAGUUGGCGGACGGAAAUCGACAAACCAACGACGAUAGAGGGCAAUAGCAGCGAUAACCAUAAUAUAGACGCGAGUGCGAGCACAGAUACGGUCGCCUCAUUAAUUAUACCGUCAGUCACAAAAAAGGACUCCGGAAACUACACUUGCAGUCCAUCGAGCAGCGAGUCAAUUACAUUCGUCCUUCAUGUUCUUAAUGGCGAAUAUUCAGCAUCAGCUAUAACAUCUCGUAGCUGUGAUUCGUUUCAACGCAAUUUGGUCUGGCUUAUUGUUAUGAUUAUAAUCCAAAGUCUGCAAGUUUUCUUUAGGCGUUCACAACUAUGGCAACAUACAUUGGAGACAAUGAAGUACCAUUGAGGAGGUCAAAAAAGACAGAGAUUGCCUGAAUUGCGGUGCUGGUCGAUAGGAUAAUGAGACUUUUUUCGGGAGUUUUGUAUAUAGUGAUCCGCUUGUAAUGUAAGCAUAGUACGGAAUUUUGUGGUGGAGUAUCGACGUCUAUUGCCAAUGAAGUAAACCGUUCUGUGUAAAUAUCAUGAGACUCAAUAAAGUAAAUUAAGGUA